GCAUCAUGGGAAACGUGUCUCCUGUUGCUUUCCUAUGUUCUUUUUCCUUUUUUUGCUUCCUUCGUUUUAUUGCGAGAACAACGCUUUAGAGACUCAAGAAUAAAUUCCCAUUUUAAGCUGCAAUCUUUCACUAAGUUUUCAAAGGUGAUCUUUAGUAGCCAUGGCCCGUACCAAGCAGACUGCCCGUAAGUCCACUGGAGGCAAAGCCCCACGUAAACAGCUGGCCACAAAGGCUGCUCGCAAGAGCGCCCCUUCCACUGGUGGUGUCAAGAAGCCCCAUCGCUACAGGCCCGGUACUGUGGCUCUGCGUGAGAUCCGUCGUUAUCAGAAGUCCACUGAGCUGCUGAUCCGCAAGCUGCCCUUCCAGCGCCUGGUGAGAGAAAUCGCCCAGGACUUCAAGACUGAUCUGCGUUUCCAGAGUGCAGCCAUCGGUGCUCUGCAGGAGGCCAGCGAGGCAUACCUGGUGGGGCUGUUUGAGGACACCAACCUGUGCGCCAUCCACGCCAAGCGUGUCACCAUCAUGCCCAAAGACAUCCAGCUGGCACGUCGUAUCCGCGGGGAGCGCGCUUAAAAUGUUCUCUGAUUUGUUCACCACUCUUUCUAUCCCUUUCCUGCCUCUAUACUUAGUAGUUUGGUUUGAGGUUCUAUAUAUAUCAUAUGAUUGUGAUAACCGUAAAAUGUGUGAUCAUGUCUUCUUUGGUGCUACUAGUAGCAGAGUUUUCUUCGAGAUAUCUUCAUGUAUGUUUGAAACUUUGUAUCACUUUGAAUUACACUCCUCACUUCUAACUAGCUAGCUCAAAGGAAUGCCUUAUCUCUAUGAAAAAAAGGUGUUUUUGCAAGCCAAGAAUAGUGUGAUAUGAAUUGAGCAUAGGAAAUAGCAUUAAGGUUGAGACAUUUUCAUCUACAGACGGACCUAUGCAUUGAUAUAAUGGGUCUUCAAAUUUCUUUUCCUUUAAAAAAAAUAGAAAUUUGUUGUAAAAGUAGUGAUUUUUCUUUUUUUUUUACAAUAAUGGUGUAUUUCUACUGUUACUGUUUAAUGUAUCAAAAUAGAAAAGUCUGAUUCUGGUUGUCAAUUAGAAACGUCAUUGUGCUAUGAUGACACUGCAUUUUUGGCAGAUUACAAGCGGCAUAUAUGUAGCAGACCUAUGUUGAUCAUAUUUUGAUUUUCAGCCACGUUCUUAUGUCCAGGUAAUGUUUUGACUUUUUGUUCCUCUCUCAGGUUGAUAAGGUAACCUAAUUUUUUUUUCUACUGUGUCUUUGAUUUAUGUUUUCAGUCAUUUUUGAACGCAAAAUAUUUGUACUCACAUACAAACAUAAUAAACAGAUUCUUGUGGUUAAA